GUCCUCCCCCGGCGCUCGGGGGGGAGCGGGGCGGCUGGUGGGGCUCGGCGGGGCCGGGCCAGCCCCUGCGCCUCCCCGCCACGCCAUGGAGAGCAGCGGCGCCGGGCGGGAGCCGCAGCCCCAGCCGCAGCCCCAGCGCGGGAAGCCACCGUCCCCGAUGGGAGACAGCGUGCCACCCCCGACCUCGCCACCCCCGUUGCCUGGGGAUGCCCUGCGGGGAGAGCGCACCCCCUCGCAGCGUGACCGACCCGUCCCUCCAGCCAUCAGCCCCUCUGGACAGCCCGUCUCACCCAUCCCUCCAGCUGUCACUCCCUCCGAAAAGACCACCUCACCCGUCCCUGCAGCCGUCACCCCCUCCAGGCAGCCCAUCUGUCCCCCUACUGUGACACCCCUUUCCGAGAGCAGCACCCCGCAGCGUGACCGACCCAUCCCUCCGGCCGCGACGCCGUCAGGACAGCCCGUCAGCCCCAUCCCUGCAGCUGUGGCCCCCUCAGCCGAGAGCGUCCCCCCGUGGGGUGACCAAAGUCCCCCUGGGCCACCCUGUCCUCCUGUGACAGAGCACCCCAAAGAUGAGACAUUGCCCCACGCCGCUGGCCAGCCGGUCCCCGUCCAUGCCGCCGCUGCCCCGUGCCCAGCGGAGACGCUGCCCCGCGGGCAUGAACCCCCAGCCGCUGGUGAAGGAGCCCCCUCGGAUGCCAAAAGCCCCCCGGGGGGCACCGCUGGGCCCUCAAAGGACGUUACCCCUCGGAGCGACCGCCCUUCGCCGUCUCCUGCCGCCAGCCCCAGGCCCAAGCAAGAUGCCCAGAAAGCCCAGGCGAGGCACAAACAGGCAAAGGAGCGGCGCGAGGAGCGAGCCAAGUACCUGGCCGCCAAGCGGACGCUGUGGCUGGAGAAGGAGGAGAAGGCCAGGCUGCUGCGGGAAAAGCAGCUUGAGGAGCGUCGCAAGCGCCUGGAGGAGCAGCGGCUGAAGGCAGAAAAGCGCCGCGCUGUCCUGGAGGAGCGGCAGAGGCAGAAGCUGGAGAAGAACAAGGAGCGCUACGAGGCGGCGAUCCAGCGGUCGGCCAAGAAGACGUGGGCAGAGAUCCGGCAGCAGCGGUGGUCCUGGGCUGGCGCCCUGCACCACGGCUCCCCUGCACACAAGGAUGGUGCGAGCCGGUGCUCGGUGUCCGCUGUAAACCUCCCUAAACACGUCGACUCUAUAAUCAACAAGCGGCUCUCCAAAUCCUCUGCCACCCUCUGGAACUCUCCCAGUAGAAACCGGAGCUUGCAGCUGAGCCCAUGGGAGAGCAGCAUCGUGGAUCGGCUGAUGACGCCCACCCUGUCCUUCCUCGCGCGCAGCCGGAGCGCCGUGACGCUGGCGGGGAACGGCAAGGAGCAGGUGCCCGUGUGCCCCCGCUCGGCCUCCGUCAGCCCCCUCAGCCCCUGCCACAACCACCGCCUGCAGCACCGCUGCUGGGAGAGGCGGAAGGGAGCCGCCGCCAGCCCCGACGUGACGCCGCGCCGCAGGACCGAGUCCUCACCCAAGAAGAAGGAGAAGAAGGAGAAGGAGCGGGAGAAUGCCAAGGAGCGCAGCGCCCUGUCCCGCGAGCGCAGCCUCAAGAAGCGGCAAUCGCUGCCCGCGGCGCAGCCCCGGCUCCUGCCUGCAGCAGACGGCAGCCCAGGCCCCAAGAACCGUCCCUCAUCCCCUGCCACCCCCAAAGCCCGUCCGGCAUCCCCCAGCCCGGCCCUCGGCUCCCCCCACAAGCCGCCCCUGCCCCGCAGCGCACACUCCUCUCCCAAGGUGCGGGCCAGGGCCCGGGAGGAGCGGAAAGAGCAGGAGGGCCAGGUGAAAGCACACGAGAAGAAGGAGGACGAACGGGGCUCGGCCCCCCCAGCCCUCCCCGAGCCCCCCACGGUGCCCACAGAACCAGCAGCAGCCCCCCCAGCCCCUGCGGCCCCCAGCCCUGUGCCAGCCACCCCCCCAGGCAGACCCUCAGCUGGCACUACAGACCGGGAGGAGGCUGCCCGGCUGCUGGCGGAGAAGCGGCGGCAGGCCCGCGAGCAGCGGGAGCGUGAAGAGCGGGAGCGCCGGGAGCAGGAGGAGCGGGAGAGGCGGCUGCAGGAGGAGCGGGCGCAGCGGGAAGCGGAGGAGCAGAUCCGCAGGGAAGCCUUGGCACGCCAGCGGGAGGAGGAGCGGCGGCUGCAGGAGGAACGAGAGGCCCAGGAGAGAGCACAAGCCGAGCGGGAGGAGAUGGAGCGGCUGCAGAGACAGAGGGAAGAGGCCGAGGCAAGGGCACGCGAAGAGGCUGAGCGGCAGCGCCUGGAGCGGGAGAAGCACUUCCAGCGUGAGGAGCAGGAGCGGCUGGAGAGGAAGAAGCGCCUGGAGGAGAUCAUGAAACGGACACGCAAAUCAGAUGCGGCAGAUGCCAAGAAAAAGGAAGACAAGAAGGUGGUGAAUGGGAAAGCGGCUGAGCAGGAGGAUGUCCAAGGCCGCGAGAAGCGUGUGGGGCCAAUGCCGAAGAAGGAAGAACUCCCUGAGAUGGAGACGCCAAGCGCAGGGCCGAAGGGCCUGACAGGCGAGGGGCUGCAGCCAAGCUCCCCGGCCAAGGAAGCACAGUCCCCGGCCUCCCUGGUGAACGGCGUGCAGCCCGGCAAGCACGAGAACGGCUUCUCGGGCACAGAGGGGUCGCAAGAGCUGCUGGAGCUCUCCCACCAUGGCAGCAGCCCUGGCAGCAUCAUCCCCUUUGGCGACAAGGAGCCCUUCCUCAAGCAGGCGGUGGUCAAACCCCCACAGGUGACAGAGGUGCUGUGAAGCCCAGGUCCCGGCAGACAUCCCCGCGGAGCCACCGCACACGUCCCAACUCCGGACGCCCACGCAGAACCGUAGCUGUUGUCAGAAGAAAAAAACCUCGCUGGUCCCUGCCGCCCACCGCGUCCAGGCACUGUGGGACCCCGGCGAGGUAGCCACCAACCCCUGGCCCGCUGCGGGGACACCUGGUUUCUCUCCUCAUUCUUGUUUUUAUUUCGUUUUGUUGUUUUUUUUUUUUUUUUAUUUUAAAAUAUGCACCUUAUCAGACUGACACCCCCACCCUAGCAGCCUGCCAGAGCCGCCUCAGACGUGUGGUGUAAUACUGUAGUUAUUUAACUCGCUGGGUACAAUGUAUGUGAAUACUGUAAAUAGAGCUCGGCCAGAUAGCGGGCACGCUUGCCUGGCCCGGCCCUGCACGGGGUGGGAGGAUUCAGGGCUUGAAGAGAGGAUUCGGGGUCACUCCCAUGGCCCCACACACGUCUGUGUGAGCACUGGGUGCCCCCAGAAUGCACACCCAGGGCCUGGCCGGCACCGCGCUGCUCUCUGUGCCGUUGUGACAGUGUUAUGCAUCCAGACAACCUCUGCAAACAAUAAAAGUGGACAACUGCCCUCGCCUCGCUGUGUCUCCAAUACA